UUGAAACCUAAUCCGCCCGCCCUCCAACUAACCGAAACCAGUUUUCUAUGAGCAGUUUAAGGAGGCGGAGUAACCCAGCAGGUAAACAGGAAGCUGCCAGUCGGCUACUUGUGCAUCACCUGUGUAGGGGGGCGGGGCGCUAAUAUACCUGCGUGUGACGUCACGGAUUCCGAAAGAGAUAGGAACUGGAGCCGUGAGUAAAGAAUAGUUGGAGGAAGUCGGGCUGUUGCGCAGAAUUCUGAACUAUUGAUCAAACGCUCUACCAAGUUUCACAUAGAACAGCGUUUGGUGGUGACUGCAUUUCCGUAAGUGAGCCGCCUCUUAUUUCUUCAGGACCGGGUACUGAUUCGUGUCUUCCGGUCAGACCGAGAUAAACAAACGGGCCUCAGAAACCAAUCUGCGGACUCCAUUCGUCUUGUACAGCCCGCCUACGCGGAUCCCAUAGUAAUGGCGGUGUGGUUGGGUGGCCUCCUGCUGCUUAUGUUCCCUUUGGCGCUGGCACAGCAGCAGCCAGCAUGUGAUGGAUACGAGGUCUUGGAUGGGGUUGGUCUGCCUGCGAUAGGUACACCGGCUCGGCAGCUAAUGAUUGAGCUAGACUCAUCACGGGUCGCCAACUCCGAGCAGGACUGUUGGGAUCUUUGUUGUUCCACCGAGCGCUGCGAACUGGCUGAGAUGUCCGAGGGAAAUUGCAAACUGAUCAGCUGUAUGUACAGUGGCUUCAACAUGUGUGAGCUGAAGAACAAAGAAGGAGCCAGAAGUUUUCGCAAAAAUGACAUUGGGCCAACACCCACCCAGAAAGAUUUCUGCUUACCAGAAGCUGUCACAGGACCAUGCAGAGCUGCAUUUGAAAGGUGGUGGUACAACCCAGAGACCCAGACCUGCCAAAAUUUUACUUAUGGUGGCUGCAAAGGAAAUCUGAACAACCAUAUUGGCGAAGAGGAGUGCAUGAAUAAAUGCACUGGAGUCACAGCUGAACUGUCCAAUGAUAUAUUGUCACCAAGUAAACGUAUGGUUGAAGAAAAUGUGGACCAGGCUUGUUCUGGGAAAGGGGUAGUGGGCAACUGCCGGGCUUCCUUCCCUCGUUGGUACUUUGAUGCUGAAUCCCAGGCCUGUGUAUCUUUCACAUAUGGUGGAUGUGACGGCACGGAGAACAACCACAAGUCUGAGAAUGAGUGCAGAGACAGGUGUAUUGUUUCCAAACCAGAACCUGCAAAAGUUCAAGCACCAAAGACUGGCAGCUACAGCGAGUACUGCGCAGCAGCAAGUUUAACUGGUCCAUGCCGUGCAUCUUUCCUUCGCUGGCACUACGAUACAACAACUGGCACCUGUGCUACAUUCACUUAUGGAGGAUGCCGUGGAAACAAAAACAAUUACCUUAACAAGGACGACUGUGUGAAAAAUUGUGUUGGACGAUCAGAUAAUCACACUUCAGAUCAAACUGUGCUUCACCGCUCCUUGACUGCUGUGGUGCUGCCUGUAUUACUUACUAUCCUGGCUGGGAUCUUGCUUGUUGUCAUGAUUGUGUUCUUUGUCAAGAUGGCAAAGAAGAAUCAACAGGAAGCCGCAUUCGGAGCCAUUUGGAGCCCCAUUGAUGACAAGGAAUGCUUGAUGAACAAUGCCUACACCCUCUAAACCUAGAAUUGAAUAUCCAAGUUAAAUACACUCCGUAGUUGUAUCUGUAAAAAAAAAAAAGUGUCCUGUUUUAAAGAGGGACGUGUAGGCAGAACCUACCACGUGAUUUACAGAUUUUAGUUAACUGGCCUUAGAUUAUUAUUUUUCCUCCUGGUUAUAUAAAAGUAAGUACAUGUUUAUACAAAAUGAACAUCCGACAUCCACACCAUAAAGAGUGUUAUUUAAGAGUGUAACUAAAUAUCAAUAGCAUUACUGUGCUAUUAUGUGCUGGCUAUAGAUUAUCAGUUAUUAAUGGAUCUGAGACUUGAAUAACUCCUUUACCAUGAGUUGUUGCAAAUGGCCAUGGUUUGUUCUUGUUCUGUACACAGUUUUCUAGCCAAAUAUUUUCUGUUCUGAAUGCACUAAUAUACAGAGCUUGUAAUCAUCACUGUUGCUUAUAUAGUGGUUUCCCAAAAAAUUCAGAUUGCAGGUUCACUAGAGGAAAUUCCCCCAAAAAAUACCCGGCAUGUGACUACCGUUCAAAAAAAUCCUCACCAACAAACAUCCAGGCAGCAAUAACUAGUCAAUGGCUGUUGGGAGGACUUUGCACUGCAGCCAAGUUGGAAAGGACUUGUGACGUAUUUUAUAGCUUUUUGGAUAUCUAGGAUACAUUCAUAGCAGUCUUUUGAGUUCUGCCAAUCUGACAUUUGAAUUUCCAAAUAUCUAAGUCCCAUAAACUUAACACUCAGUGGUGACAACUGCCUUUAUUACAAGAGCAACUUGUUUUUUUUAUAAUUUCUCUCCAGCAUUGUGGAUGCUCAGGCUUAGUUCUUGUUUGCUUUGUUCUCAUUUUAUUAUGUAGAGAUAUCAUGAUCUUUAAAUUAAUACAGAUAUGAUGUAGUUCUCUUUGUGGGUAGUUAACUUUGGCAAGGAAACAUUGCCAUAUCAUGAAUAUCACUAUAUUUGUGGAGUCUUUAAAACUGUUUAUCCAAAAUACUUUUUUUUUUUUUUUUUACUUUGGUGAGAUUUUCAAUCGUAAAUUUGUAUUUGGUUACUGACAUAAUUGGGUUGUGUGUUUUUAAGAAGCACCAUUUUUAUUUUUCAUAUGCAACUUGUAUCUUCUAAUAAAGGUUAGCCUGGAUAUAC